UGGCUUUGCCCACUGCUUUCUACAGAACCACGUACUAUGUCUGCUGUUGCUUCCUCUAAAGAAGAUACGAUGUCGUCUGAAAAAGCAGAUGAGAAACAACCUGAGGCUGAAAGCAAAGCUGAGGAAAGCGAGGAGGAUGAGGAGGAGGAAGAAGAGGAAGAAGAAGAAAAGGAAAAGAGUCUCAUUGUUGAAGGAAAAAGGGAGAAAAAGAAAGUAGACCGAUUGACCAUGCAAGUGUCCUCGUUACAAAAGGAACCUUUUACAAUUACACCAGGAAAAGGACAAAAACUUUGUGAAAUUGAAAGGAUACAAUUCUUUCUGAGUAAAAAGAAGACAGAUGAACUUCGGAACCUGCAUAAACUCCUCUACAACAGGCCAGGCACUGUUGCUUCCCUAAAGAAGAAUGUGGGUCAGUUCAGCGGGUUUCCAUUUGAAAAAGGAAGUGACCAAUACAAAAAGAAGGAGGAGAUGUUAAAAAAAUUUAGAAAUGCAAUGUUGAAAAGUAUCUGUGAAGUUCUUGAUUUGGAAAGAUCAGGAGUCAACAGUGAGCUGGUAACCAGAAUCUUAAACUUCUUAAUGCAUCCAAAGUCUUCAGGCAAGCCGUUGCCAAAGUCCAAGAAGACACCAAGCAAAGGUGGCAAAAAAGAACGCAGUAGUACUGGAACAACGAGAAAAACAAAACGCACCAAGUGCCCAGAGAUCUUGUCUGAUGAAUCAAGCAGUGAGGAAGAUGAAAAGAAGGAAAAGGAUGAUUCUUCAGAAGAGAAAGAAAGUGAAGAGGAGCCCCCUAGAAGAGCAUCUAAAAGAGAAAAAUCUAAAAAGGUGACUUCCAAACCCAAGAAAACUGUGAAGGGUGCUAAUGUCAAGAAGGCGGAUAGCAGCACUACUAAAAAGAGUCAGAACAGUUCUAGAAAAGAAAGCGAAUCUGAGGAUAGUUCAGAUAAUGAACCUUUAAUUAAAAAGCUGAAGAAACCACCCACGGAUGAAGAAAUCAAGGAAACUGUCAAGAAAUUGUUGGCCAAUGCAAAUUUGGAGGAGGUCACAAUGAAACAAAUCUGCAAGGAGGUGUAUGAGAAUUAUCCCAGUUAUGACUUAUCUGACAGGAAAGACUUCAUUAAAGAAACAGUCAAAGAGAUACUGAACACACAGUACUGACGAGGUGCAUCUCCAGGGUCAGAAUGCAAAAGGGCUGACAUUAGCACACUGAAAGUCACAAACAACUUGAGAACAAGGAGUUCAAAGAAGUACGAUUGUCUCCCAAGUCCUAAAAUGUCGAGGCUCAGAGUCUCACCUCGGACUGCAAAACAUUCCAACAACAAAGCGAUCAAGAAUUUCUGCAGUAGACGGCGGUUUCAUUUUCCAUCUUGAAAGCAAGUUUAGCUUCCUCAGGUUACACUCAGAUGCUCUUGGUUUCACAGAAACAAGGCGUGUUCCAGAGGACACCAUUAAUAACAUCAAUAGGCUUAUACUAAGCUGAAGACACACUCUAUCAGAAUUAGCAACUUGAGCGGUAGAACCUUAACCACAAACUGAACAACCUGUGACACUUUCCUGGCAUCUUAAGACUGGUAUUAGUGUCCUUCAGUUCUCCCUCUACACUUGAAAAUGAAGGGAUUUUUCAAAAUGUGGUUAGAAUUGCAAAUAGCAAGCUUAGAAGACUCCAUGAAAAAAUGCAAAUGAAAAUAAACAAACCU